AUGAUUGCUCGCACUCUAACUUCUUCGUACUACAAGACAACCUCCGGUACAAAUACACAUUACCUACAAGCUGGCAAUCCUUCGGGUCCGUUUCUAAUAUGUCUCCAUGGACUUGGAGGCUCUACCGAGACAUUCUCGCCACUUGCGCCUUCUCUACCUUCCACGUAUAACAUCAUUCUUGUUGACUUUCCGGGCUUCGGAAAGACGCCACUAGCAGGCGUCAGGAAACCACUUUCCGUCGAAGGGCUCGUUGUCGACUUGGCCGACCUCAUCGCAUCUUUACGAGGAAGCUCGGAUGACUCGGCCUCGUCCAAGGUUGUCAUCUUUGGACAUUCCCUCGGCGCUAUCGUCGCUUUGCACUAUGCUGCGAAGCAUCCGCAGUCUGUUGCAGAUCUCAUGCUACUCGGUCCCGGUCAAGCGGCUGGUCACAUCCCCGCUGUACGACAGCGCAUGCUCGAUCUUGCGGCCGCGGUGAGGAAGGAAGGCAUCAAGUAUGCAGCGGAUAUUGCGGCCAGGUCUAAUUUCUACGACGAUAGUGAAUCCGCAGCCAAGACCGAAAGGUAG